AAUGCAAACGGUGCGUUGCUUUGUCUACUUUAUUUAAUCAAAGACUACAUUUCCCGGCAUUCUUUCAUAAUAAUGCGCAUGCGAAUAUUGAAGGUAAUCACAUGACCAGAAGAAGAGGAAAAGCUCUUUCUUCUAAUACGAUCCCUGCGUAUACACUGGGGCUCUAACGCCUCCGACUACAACUUUACAGUUAAAGGAUUUAAAGAUGAAUCUGGAACGGGUUCCUAAUGAAGAGAAGCUGCAGCUGUGCCGGAAGUAUUACCUGGGCGGAUUCGCUUUGCUGCCGUUCCUUUGGCUGGUGAACGUGAUUUGGUUUUUUAAAGAAGCUUUCUUUAAACCGGAAUACAGUGAACAGCCCCGGAUCCGCGGUUAUGUAAAGCGAUCGGCUCUGGGCCUUUUUGUCUGGCUGGUCAUCCUUACCACCUGGAUCAGCAUCUACCAGACAAAGCGCGCCAGCUGGGGGGCAACGGGGGACUACAUUUCAUUCACUAUACCUCUGGGCAUACCCUGAGACUACACUCAUGGAGCACAUUCUCCUAAUACUGCUGGAGAGAUCCUGGGACCACCUGGCAGUGAUACACUGUUCCCUUUGGACUGUUUCUUGGCUAUGGGACUCUUGUCGUGUCAGAGUGCAUAAAGAGAAUGGUCAAUGCUGAUUGGCUACUGCUCUUGCGUGUCACUUGUCAAUAACCCCUUUAAUAAAAGAUACAAAUCUCA